AUGGACGCGGCCUUGGGCCAAAACAAGAGGAGGAAGAAGUCGGCGGGGUGCCACCGAAGCCCACCACAGCAGUCGAGGCCCAGCCCAGCAAACCAACCAAGACCGACCGAUUUUCCCCUUCCCUGCUCCUCCAUUCCUUUCCUUCUCCUCCUGCCCUGCCCUGCCGCCGUCGCCGUCGCCGUCAGCCGUCGCCCCCCGCCGCCGCCUUCACGCUCCGAUUCGUCUGCCCACCAGUCAGGGUUUGGCAGCCUGGCGCCCAAGACGAAGAACGUGGUGGUGGCGGGCGGGCUGACGGGGUUCGUCUUCGGGGUGUACUACUACACCAUGUGGGCGGUAGGCAGCACUGACGAGCUGCAGGUCACCAUCGACAAGUUUGAGGACCUGAAGAAGAAGGAGGCAGCCGCCUCCGCCGCUGCCGCAAGCGCCUCAACCCCGGGAUCCUCAUAAACAAAUGCGCCCUUAACUUUGAAACUAGCUGCUGCCUCUGAACCUGCCCAGGACCAUGGGUUUGGUUUGUAUUGAUAAUAAUAAUGGGUGCUUUUAGAGGAAAUACCCAAUGGUUCCUGGGUACAUAUGUACCCUAUAUGGGGAUUUAUUUUUAAUAGUUAAACAAAAAGUCAAUAUAGUUAAGAAACUAUUUUUAGAAUAAAGUUGACUUACUUA